AUGAACCCAUUCGACUCGGGGCAAUAUGCCGGCCAGAUACCAUCGCAAGACCAAGAACAGGCUCGAAGAAACUCGUUCCCGGCGCGCGCAACAGGUGCAUCGGUCGGAUUACAAGGAAGCAACGAGCUCGGAUUAAGGUUCAACAUGUCGGCAGCCGAUAGCAAACAGCAAAAUGCUCGCACGCAGCAACCGGGGGCGGGAGGGAACGCCAUGGGAGCAUAUCAAUUUAAUCCGUCGGUCAACCAAGGCAAUGAUCCAACUAUGCUCUUUGCGGGAAAUGAUGCCAUGUCAAUGCAACAAUAUCCACAAAACCAAGCAUUGUUCCAAGACCCAGAAGAAUUCAAUUUGAACACGACUUACAAUUCAACAUAUGCGCCUUCCAUGGAUCCGAUAACUGCUUUUCAACAGGACUAUCCCGGUGCAGCCAAUUUCCAGGGAAAUGACAUGGCUUUCUCGCUAGGCUUUGAUGCUUCGAAUGAUGCGCAGUCGCAGUCUUUAGAUAUGCUGUUUUCGAAUUCUACCUUUGUCCCUCUUCCCCAGUCGUCGAUGCAACCUACAACCGCGCCAGAACAGCUGAAUACCCAACACAACUGGGUGGAUUUGUCCAACUUUAAUCUGUCUCUACCCGGUCAAAGAAUGAACGAUGCUUCUCCGGUUGGAAGUAUACGACAACAAAGCUCAGUGGUCACCCUACCACGACGCAGCCAGAGCAGCAGUCAAUCUCAGUCCAUCUCUCCAUUCAUGCAACAGCAACCAUCUAAACCAUCAGCCACCCCGCCUAAUUUUCGCAAUCCAUUCGUUCCAUCCGAAAUCGCUGCGUCAACAACGCCUAAGCCUGGAGCAGGCAAAGUCGCGUCGGAAUAUUACAACAUAUACUCGAGUAGUGGGUUUGAUAUGUUUGGGAUAUUGGCCAAAAUAGCAAGUCGACCAAACCCAGAAAUAGAUAUUGGCGCUGUCGACAUGUCCUGUGCAUUCAUACUUUGCGAUAUGACGUCUCAUGACGAGCCCAUCGUCUACGUGUCUGAUGCUUUUGAGCGUCUUACCGGCUAUACGAAACAUGAAAUUCUUGGUAGAAAUUGCAGGUUCUUGCAGUCACCCGACGGCAAAACCGAUCCAGGAAUGAAAAGAAAAUACGUGGAUGACCAGACGGUCUGGCGUCUGAAAGAAAAAAUACAAUCUCGAGCUGAGGUUCAAGUUAGCAUGAUCAAUUACCGCAAAGGAGGACAAUCUUUCAUGAAUCUUUUAACUAUGAUUCCAAUUCGUUGGAACACGAGCGACUAUAGGUUUUAUGUGGGUUUUCAAGUUGAUCUUGUAGAGCAACCUCAAGCGGUCACCAAGCGAAAUGCUGAUGGCUCUUAUUCGAUUAAUUAUCAACGGGAUCAGCUUUCGCGGUAUGUGUUACAUGCACCUGAAUCGCGAAGGUCGCAGACGAAUCUGUCGAGGAAUAUCAGUCAUGAUGAAGCUACAACUGUUUUGAAGAAUAUCAGCUUAGGUAUCAAAGACGGGCGUUAUUUGGAUCGAGUUAUACUCGAAAAUGCCGACGACGUGAUUCAUGUUUUAUCGCUCAAAGGUCUCUUUCUCUACCUGUCACAAUCCAGCUCGCGGCUUCUUGAAUACGACCCAAGUGAGCUCGUGGGACGAUCGAUAUCAUCGGUCUGUCACCCUAGUGACAUUGCACCGGUCACUCGUGAAUUGAAGCAAAGUACGGCCGGAUCACCUGUCAGCGUGAUAUACCGCUUCCGACGAAAGAAUAGCGGCUAUGUAUGGUUCGAAAGCUAUGGAUCACUACAUAUUGAGCCUGGUAAAGGACGCAAGUGUCUGAUACUCGUUGGUCGUGAGCGCCCGGUAUAUGCACUGGACCGAUCCAGCGCUCUGGAAGCGGGGGGCAUAGGAGAGAACGAUUUAUGGACAAAGAUCUCGAUCUCUGGGAUGUUCUUAUUUGUUUCUUCUAAUGCUCGCGUCCUCCUUGAUAGGACUCCGGCUGAAAUGGUAGGAAAGGGCAUACAAGAUUUCAUGCGAAGCGACUCGCGGGGAGAAUUGGGCAAGGCGUUGGAAGUCGCGCGUACAGGACGGCAAGCCACGUUCAAGCAUGAGAUCAGGCACAAGCGCGGUCAUGUUUUGCAGGCGCAGACUGUUCUGUUUCCGGGAGACGCAAGCCCAGGGACGAAACCUUCAUUCUUGAUUGCUCGGAUAUAUCUACUGAAAAAUUCGCGGUCGACAUACCUUCAGCAACGUAACAACCCGAUCGUGAUAUCGUCUACAACAACCGACGUGAACAGUCCAGGGGUCAUUACACCAACAACAUUAGCAGGUACUAUGAUGGCGGCCACCACCACGACUCCACCCUCGCAGGCAAAUAGCAGCGUCCGAGCAGGACCUGGUCAGCAUCCGGUUACAGUCUCGACCGAAGCAGGUUCACACGGACUUCCACUAGGCACCCAAGACGAAGCUAUGCUUUCCACCAACAACAUAUUCGAAGAACUGAAAACAGUACGAAGCUCAAGCUGGCAAUUCGAAUUGCGACAACUCGAGAGGAAUAACCGAUUACUUGCAGAGGAGUUGCAAGGCCUCCUCAGCCGCCGCAAGAAGCGCAAGAGAAAGAAAGGAACGGGGCCAAUAGAAAAGACAUGCGCAAAUUGCGGAACGCGGAAUACGCCUGAAUGGAGACGUGGACCAAGUGGACAUCGUGAUUUGUGUAAUAGUUGCGGAUUACGUUGGGCCAAACAGAACGGCCGCAUAUCCCCCCGCAAACAAUCCGAUCAAACAGAUAAAACUUCCAGUCCCGCCUCCGGGAAAGCUUCACCGGGUAGUCUGACAGAUGAGAAGGCGCAGGAGAAGGUAUCCUGA